AUGGUGGGUUUUCUGGGAGAACAGGCCGCCGUCAGCGAUGGUCCUCUGACUUUGGAAAAUGCAACCCUUUUGCGCCCAUCAGAUCCGAAUCUUCCUCUCGAAGAGCUUCGAAGACGAUACCGCGAGGACGGUUAUCUCUUUCUCAAACAGAUUCUCCCUCGUGAGGACGUCCUAGCCGCACGCCACGCAUAUUUUACCUCUCUUGAACCCAGCGGCAUCUUAAAGCCCGGUACCAACCCCGUCGAUGGAAUCUUCGACCCAGAAAAGUCCCACGAGGACUAUCCUGGUAUUGGCGCAGGGCAUGCCGACGGCAAUGGACGACCGGGGGGCGACCGGGCCGCGGUCUUUGUCGACCUCGCUCUGGAUGCCCAUUAUCAGGAGUGGUAUGCUGAGACGUUCUGCAAGCACCCGGCCUUGCAUGACUUUGUCGCCAGAUUUACCGGCUGGGGCGACGACACGCUCAACUUGCGACGAACUCUGCUGCGAAACAAUCUGCCGGGCUCCAAGCCUAUUGGCGUCCACUAUGAUCAGAUCUUUUUACGCCACGGUGACCCGACCAGUGUGACGGCCUGGGUGCCCAUGGGAGACAUCAAAAUCAGCGGGGGCGGUCUCGUUUACCUCGAAAAUGGCGAGGACAUUGGAGUCAGAAUGGAAGAAGAAUUCUUCACGCAAGCGAAGCAAGCGGGAAUGUCAGACGAAGAGGCCCGGUCCGCGUUCAACUCGCACAUGAUGGCCACUGGUCUUCUGUCCGAGUCUCCGGCUGCGUUUGCUCGAGAACAUUCCCGGCGCUGGUUGGUGUCGGCUUAUGAGGCCGGCGAUGUGGUUCUGCACAACCCGCAUAUGAUCCAUGCGUCCACCAUCAAUCUCGACUCUCAAAAUGUGAUCCGGCUGGCAACGGACCUGCGAUUCUGCGACUCGUCAAAGCCAUUUGACAAGAGAUGGAUGAAUCAUUACCGGUUCAAUGAUGGAGUGUAG